AUGCCGUGUUUUCAAAGCAAAAGUCUGAACCCAGGGCAAGAGACGUCAUGGCUAACUCUCCCACAGAAAGAUCAGCUCUUUCUGCUGUUUCUCUGUCGAGUGUUUGACUUUAUGCAAAUAGCUUCUUUCCAGACGAUAUGUUACUAUCAGCUCAAAGCUAUUGAUCCAUCUGCAUCGGAAAUAACUCUUUCGUGGCAAACAGGGAUUGCAAUCGGAGCGUUCACUGCUGCUCAAACUUGCACUUCAGUUUUAUGGGGAUCCUGUGCAGAUAAAAAAUGGUGUGGUCGAAAACCAGUCCUCUUAAUUGGGUUAAGUGGAACAGGAUUGUCGUGUAUUGGCUUAGGGUUCACCACCUCAUUUUCUGGUACAGUUGUCUUUAGAGUAAUUGGCGGUUUAUUAAAUGGAACAGUGGGCAUUGUUCGGACCAUGAUGUCAGAAAAUAUAGUCGAGAAACGAUUCCAGUCCCGGGCUUUUUCUUUGCUAUCACUAUCUUUCAAUGUGGCUACAUUCUUGGGUCCUCUCAUCACCGGCUUUCUCUCAAACCCUAUGAAAGUUACUUCCGCUUCAAGAGACCCAGCUUCCCACUGGCUUGAGCGAUUUCCAUAUGCCCUGCCCUCGCUGGCAAGUGCGGCCACGAUGUUUUUGCUUUCAGCUGUGGUGUUUCUCUUUACAAAAGAGGUAUGGCACUGUGGUAAACCUCGUGACCAAGCGCUACGAAACUUGAAAUACUUAAUUCUCAGACUCGUCGGGCGUCGUCAACCAACUGAUUACGCAGCACUAAUACAGGAAGUCCCCGAAGAUAUGGAUUCAGCUGAACUCGAAGAGCGUGCGUCUGCUGGAUCAGGUCCACGCAUGGAUCGGGCUCAAAAGAGCAGUCCAGUGCGAAGAUCUAUGAGCAUCUGGACCUUUACUUUUAUCGCAACACUUGGUUCUCAGGCCAUUUUCGACUUCCACAUGGGAGCAUUCGCUGGUCUUUGGCCAUUAUUUUUAUCUAAUGCUCGUGCAUCACCUGAGGAUCAAGUAAGUGGCCAUGCUGGAGGCCUUGGGAUGUCGGUAAAAAGCGUCGGAUUGGCUACAAGCAUUUCAGGUGUUAUCGGGGUUAUUAUACAAAUCUUCAUUUAUCCACGAGUGAAUGACAUUAUUGGUACGGUCAACAGCUAUCGAACUUUCAGUAGUUUGUUUCUGCUGGCCUAUCUUGCCUUUCCACUUCUUCAGGCUAUUCAGCCAGCUGCAGCUAUGUGGCCCGCUAUCUUCUUAACAUUGUUAAUACAUGUCACCGGGCGGGUUUUCGUCAUACCGGCAACGAUAAUAGUACUUAAUAAUAGCGCGCCUGCUGCACAUCUAUUGGGAAAAGUACAUGGAAUUGGACAAAUGGCUUCCGCCCUUUUCCGCACUCUAGGGCCAUUUUUUGCGGGAUACUUAUAUCAAGAGGGUUUGAAGUUGGAAUCUGCCGUGUUUUCAUGGUGGACAGUUGCUGUUAUUGCAUUUCUAGGUUUUGUUGCAGCGCAGUUCGUGCGCAAUGGCCCUGUUCCCACUGCUCCUGCCUCUGUGGAUCAGGAACGGCUGUAA